ACCCAUCCAAUCUCUUUAUCCAUCCUUCACAAUCUAUCCUUCCUCCAAUGGCACUUCACCUGAAUCCAGAUGCUCGUCAGAGAGUUAGACGUAGAAAAGUACUGUGUGGUAGGACACGUCCGUGAUUCCACGUGUACAGAUACCCGAGGUGGAUCCCAUCACGUCACCCAAUGGGUGACGUGGCCACGUUCGCGUCUGCUGUCGUUUGUUGUUGCUUCAUUUUGAAACUUUAUUCAUUCCGCUAUAGUCACCUGCACGGUGAAGUAACCACCAGAUUACCAGGUAUUGACUGGGCCACCGGCUGCAUGUUUGCGGUAACCCCACCUCCAGGUAACCGUCUCUCUGACCUGGUUACCGGUUGAAGAUCCUGUCACCGUAUUUACUAUAUGUUAGAUACUACUGGAGGCAUUACUUGGAGACCCGGGAACCUACCCGUCGAAAUCGAACCUUCCACCAAUACCUUUUCCAUGGAUCGGGGCCCGCAUGAUUGAGUUGAGUCGACGCUUUGGUUCUCUUACUCUGGGUGUACCAGUCAUUUCUGGAAAGAUAUUUUCCCGCCUAUGGAGCGAGCUGCAUCAGUUCCAUGUUACCGCCUCUCCUGGGCCGGUCCUUUACAUGGAAUGAUAAAUUUCUUGUUUAAAAAAAUUUCAAUUUCUUUGGAGAGAGAGGAAAGGAAAGAGAGGGAAGGGGAAGGGGAUCCCUAUCCCCAAAUGCACGAGUCAUGCGGCCCAAAUUCACGCGAAAUCCAAAACCAAAUGAAAAUCCUCCGGGGCAAGAUGGGACGUGGUCCACGCUAGGAUGCGCGCCACAUGUACCCCAGCCCGAUAUCCUCGCCGUCCGUGACAGAUGGGACGGUCACCGCCUCGGGCAGGGGAGAAACCGUUCGCCCGUCCGAUUCCCCUAUCAGCACGAGCCGACGGCCCCGAUCCGGCGCGGGGCUUGGCCGGGCAGAUCUCGCUGUCUUUAAGAGGCGGUGCCCCCCCUCCCCUCCUCCUCGUCCAGCUGAGGGUUUCGUCCUCCCAAGAAACCCUCGCCCUUCUUUCCCUCGCCAUCUUCUCCCCCAUACGCCCUCCCCUCCCCUUCCUCCCGCCCAAAGGGGGCAGAUCCCCUUCUCAGCUCCGCUACGGAGGCCCUUCUCCCUUGAUUCCGGCCUUCUUCCGUUGAACAGUUGCCCUCUUCUAUGGUUCCCAGCACCCUGGCGGCCCCUGAUCGGAGCUAGACCGUCGGAUCCCGGACGAUUUGAGGGGAAUCGCCGCCGUGCAUGGCGUCUGCUCUCCUGGCCAGCCGGAAUGAGCCGUACUGGGGAGACAGAAAGGUUUAUAUGAGGAAAACCCCGAAUUCUAACCCUAACCCUAGACCCGCCCCGAACCCUAAUCCUAAUCCUAACGGCAGAGACCAUGUCUCCGACCAUACGGGCCAGUUCCACCCACUGGAGCCGGAGGAGGUGCCGGCGUCCGCGGCCGCGGUGUCGGAUGACUCGUCGUCCUUUAACCGGAAAUGCAUCAACCUUAACCACCGGCGGGAUUCGGCUGGCUACAUCACGUUCAACAUCUCGACCUACUCGAAGAGGGAGUUGAGGGAGCUCAAGAGGAGGCUGGUUUCGGAGCUGGAGCAGGUCCGGAGCCUGAGCAGCCGGAUCGAAUCCAGAGAGUUCCAGUCCUCCGCCAGAUCCGCCGGCUUCAGUUCAUCUGGGAUCUACUGCGGCGGCCGGGAGGUCACCUCCUUGGCCGCGGCGGCCUUGCAUCAGAACCACGUCCAGCCUCCUGAUUCACUGGCCGCCAGAUCCUCCGAUCUCUUCCCGACCAAGGAGAAGAAGAUCUCCGGAAACAAGACCUUGCUGCCGGUGGUCUCUCCCAGGGAGCCAAAGCGGCUGGCGGCAGCGUCAGGUUCAGAUAAGCUCCGCUCAGCCAUGAUGAAGAAGUGCGGCCAGAUCUUGACGAAGCUGAUGAAGCACAAGAAGAGCAUCUGGUUCAAUUCCCCUGUGGAUGUGGUGGGCAUGGGCCUCCAUGACUACUUCCAGAUCAUCAAGCACCCCAUGGACCUUGGUACCGUGAAAUCUAAGCUCAACAAAGGUCUCUACCCGUCACCAUUGGAGUUUGCAGCUGACAUCAGAUUGACCUUUAACAAUGCCCUUCUCUACAAUCCAGAAGGCCAUGAAGUGCACCAGCUCGCUGAUCAGUUCCUCCGGCUUUUUGAAGGGCUGUUUUGCCCUGCAUACGAGAAGUAUGAGAAGCAGCAGAGCGCCAUUGCCAGGGAGGAAGAGGAGGGUCAUAGGGCCGUUUCCUGGUCUCGUGCUCCUAUUGUCGAGAGUGCAAUGAGACCUGAGCCGGUCGUUCCUAUGAUCCUGCCCCCAGCACCGGCUCCAACUUCAAUGCCAACUCCUCUAUUAGCACCUUCCCCUGCUCAAGCUAAGCAGCCGCAGCCCCAGCCCCAGCCGCAGCAGCAUCCAGUUGUUGGUAGAAUGAUGAUGGGGAAGCAACCAAAGCCAAAGGCAACAUGCCCAAAUAAGCGACCAAUGAGCUUUGAGGAGAAGACGAAGCUGAGCCUGGGGCUCCAGAGCCUGCCUCAGGAGAAGAUGUCCCAGGUCCUGCAGAUUGUGAGGAAGAGGAAUGCAGAUCCAGCACAGCAGGGGGAUGAGAUAGAGUUGGACAUUGAGACAAUGGACACGGAGACCCUUUGGGAACUUGAUCGGUUCCUGUGCAAUUUGAAGAAGAUGAUGAGCAAGAUCAAGCGGCAGGACAUGGCCAGCCACCCGAUCUCUGCUGCUCCACCUUCAACCAUGGUGAUCACUGAAGGCGGUGACAGGUCUCCAAUGGCAGUAGAGACGCCAGAGGCGGCAGCAGCAAAGAAGAGCAAGAAGGCAGACAUAGUCGAGGAGGAUGUUGAUAUUGGUGAUGAGAUGCCCUGCACCAAUUAUCCAUCUGUGGAGAUUGAGAAGGAUGCUGGUUAUGCCGGCAGCUCCAGCAGCUCCACUAGCAACUCUUCAUCAUCAAGUGAUUCGGAUUCAGGUAGCUCAUCAGGGAGUGAUUCCGAUGAAGAUGAUGCACAGUCUCCAGCUGUAGGCAUGGGAUCUCCGAGAAACUAACAACAAGUUUAGUUGAUAGUAGACGAGAAGUAUGUGAGAGGGCAUGGGUAGGGUUACAGAAAUUUGAGGGCUUGUGGGUUUUUUCCCUCUCGUCAGGUGUGAUUUAGGUAGGAGUGGAUAGAUAGGUGGGUAAUUUGAUGGCACAGGUGUACCAUAUGUAAAAAGAGAAGAAAGUGGAGAAGAUUCGGUAGGUAGAGCCUUUAGAAUGGGUUCUACUUGAAUUCCCUCUUGUUCAGUUUGAGCUUUUAGUCUAGGGCUUAUAGUUUUGGUUUCAUUGGUUAUGGGUUCUUUCAGGUGUAGCUAAUUUUGGUGUAUGAUGUCUUUUUCAACCGAAAUGUUAUGCUGCAAAAUUAUGACCUAAUCUGGGUCUGGGCAUGGUGGAUAUGGAUGUUUGUUAUGAUUGACUAACAGAUAUCCUUUUGAGGGUACAUCUUUCUCUUAUGAACUUUGAACUAAAUCAGAUGGAUUUUAUUUUAUUUACUUCA